AUGUAAAGUGUCCACACUUUGAUAUUUCACAACUAUUGAGAUGUCCCAGAGCUCUUUCAACGCGCUCUGCGAGGGUUUGCUCGCCCCUGAGGACGAGGAGCAGCACCAAACGCACAUCGUGGAGGGAUGCCCCGGAUGCAAAUGCUCGCAUUUGCAACGCUCGGGAGCUCCUUUUCCCAGAGGAAUGAUGCUCGUUGUCCUAACCAUGUCGAUGCUGAAUGUUCCAUUCUUUGCCGUGCAGCGCUACCGAUCCAGAUCCUCUAUCCAUUCCUUUAUUUUAUGGUUGAAGAUUUCCAUGUCGACAAGAGGAAGAUUGGCACAUUCGCCGGCCUCAUUGCCAGUGGAUAUAUGGUUGGAAGAACUGCUACCGGUUUUGCGUGGGGAUAUAUGGCCGAUCACCACGGAAGAAAACCGGUCAUCUUUUGCGGGAUGCUCUCCUUGAUUGUGUUCAAUGCUUUGUUCGGUGUGAGUACCUCUGUCUGGAUGGCAUUCAUAACGCGCUUUCUGCUUGGAGCGGGCAAUGGUCUGUUUGCCAUUUUGGCGGUUUAUGCGACGGAGAUUUCUAGUAUUGAGCAUCGGCCUUUUGGACUGUCGACUAAUACUAUAGUUUGGGGACUGGGACUGAUCAUUGGUCCAAGCAUUGGAGGCUUUUUAUCAAAGCCUGCAGAGAAGUAUCCUGGUCUUUUUGAGAACACGUUCUUUGACAGAUAUCCGUAUUUGCUUCCACCGCUAGCAUUGUCGUUAUUCACAUUUUUUUUGAUGUUUUCCCUCCUCCAACUUCCGGAAACUCGGCAUAACCAUAUCAUUGCAUCUCCCAACAAAAGCGAGAAGAGUAACUCGAUAUUUAGAAACUAUUCUUUCUGGAUAUCCAACGUCGUCUACUGCUUGUGGGCUUUUCACGAGAUUGCAUACAAUGAGACUUUUCCACUUUGGGCUGUAAGUCCUGGUGGACUCAGAUGGUCAAGCCAAACUGUUGGUUUGGUUCUCGCAUUUACAGGUGUUUGCCUGGUGUUUAAUAUGCUGUUUAUUUUUCCCAUGCUCAUAAACCGUUAUGGUCCAAUUUUGGUAGCGCGGACAGGCACUGUUCUAAGCCUAAUAGUGUUACUGCCAUAUCCAUUUCUCCCAAAGCUUCAAGGUGUUGCUUGCUACGUUACCGUGAUUAUCGUUAUAGUUAUUAAAACCGGCUUAUCGGCAGUAACAAUCACUGCGUUGUUUAUUCUCGUCAACAACUCAGUGGAAAUAUCGCAGCUAGGAACUGCAAAUGGCAUUUCAACCAGCCUCGUUUCUCUCUCUCGAGCUUUAGGCCCUUCAAUUGGAGGCUUCAUAUUCUCGUGUGCCCAGGCCCGACCAGACACCACAUUUCUUCCUGGUAAUCAGCUACUAUUUUCUUUCCUUGGCGGCUUUGCGAUCGUCGUUUUUCUUGGAACUUGGGAGCCAAUUCUUCCUAGCUCUACCAAUAAACCAAAAUUCCACCAUGUAUAGUCAAGUCAAUAUAAUGUUAGUUGGAUUAUUGAGAUCUUA